ACAAAGCGUGCGUCCCAAACAGCGAACAUGUAAGUUAAAUUUAACUGCGUUCACUACCAAAGAGGAAGUUUAGUCAAAGCUAAAUGAUUCAGACGAUUGACCAGUCAGAAAUCUAUCCAUAAACAGAAAUGCUUCGGAGUGGAUCAGCACUGUUAUUCAGGCAGAUUGCCAGGCACAGAUCCACAGAUGCCAGUCUCAUCUUGGAGAGAUCCAUUAACCGGGUACAGCUGCUGGGGCGUGUGGGCCAGGACCCUGUUAUGAGACAGGUUGAAGGUAGAAACCCUGUCACCAUUUUCUCUAUGGCCACUAAUGAGAUGUGGCGCUCUGGAGAGGGAGAAGUCUCACAGACAGGAGAUGUCAGUCAGAAGACGACAUGGCACAGAAUCUCAGUGUUCAAGCCCGGUCUAAGAGACGUGGCCUAUCACUAUGUAAAGAAAGGGUCUCGGAUUCUCAUCGAGGGCAAGCUGGACUAUGGAGAGUAUGUGGACAAGAACAAUGUGAGACGGCAGGCCACCACCAUCAUUGCAGAUAACAUUGUCUUUUUGAGUGACGUACGAGAUCGGGAGUGAAGGAUUUUCCUGGAAGCUCAGUAAAGAAUGCAUAAUGUAUUAUGAUAUUCUUGCUAUUUGUUCUUUAGAGUGACUGUGUAUGUUUGCCAGUUUGUUCAGCAGCUGAAUGAAGGUAUUAUAAUUAUGUCUGACUUCCUUAUAUGACCAGGAGCUGACAGGUUUGACCAAACCUUACAGUGAAUUUGUCAAAAAACAUAUUUGCUUUUAUUAGUGAUACAAUACAUUGUAUUGUAAUAAAAAAAUAGAACUCCUGUCUUCAGAGACUUGGUGUUCACUCUUCA